GCACCAGCCUUGGAAUUGACAAGUGGUUCAGAAAAACCGUGUGAGUGGCGCAGUGGAUUGGGCGAGAGAUGGAUUUGGUGGGGGAGCUACAACAUCAAGCGGAAGAAUGGGUUAUCAUACUGGAGGAGGGAUGCAAGCAGCUGCGGUCGAUAGUUGAGGCGCUUACGAUGCAGCAGCAGGAGGGGGAGGGUGAUCUCUAUGGAUCAGUGGUUGGAUGACAGGACCCAGGAGAUGCUUGACAUCAUGUGGGAGCUGGAGGAGGGGCCGGAUCCCCGGCUCAACGACUACAUCGACUGGAGGGGGGCGGAGGAUAGGUUGGGUGCUUGCAAAGCCCUCUUUACAACGGGACGCAAUCUUCGUAAUCAGCUGGAGAUUCAAAAAGGAACGGGGGAGAUGGGCGAUAAGGGCGACAGGGACAAUUGGGUGGAGGGAGGAGUGGAGGCUGGCGAAGAGAAUUGCAGUGACAAUACUAACAACAGCAAGUACAACAACGACAACAACAACAACAUCAACAACAUCGGCAUCAAGGAAAUUGCUUGUGACAACAACAACAAUAUCAAUGACAAUGACGGCGACAACAACAACAACAACAACAACAACAACAAUAACAAUAACAACAACAACAAUAACGGCGACGACAGAGGCAGCGCCGAACACGGCAUCAGCGGGGCAGAGAGCGGUGUCUGUGCAUCCGAGGCCGUCAUUAGCACGAUGGGUGAGAUGCUGCAAGCGGACGUGGUGGGGAUUGGGGCUGACAUGGAUAAGGGGCUUGCUAUCUUCCCCCUCCUCAAUGAUAAAGACGGUGACAACAACAACAACAACAACAACAACAUCAUAAACAACAGCAACAACAACAAUAAAAACGACGAUGGCGGCGGGGGCGACGUCCACGGCAGCAGCAUGAUGGGAUUGACACCACAGGCGGAUGCGGUGGGGGUGGGGAUGGGGGUUGACGCGGGUUCUGUCCUCCCCCUCUUUAGCCUUGUUAUGGAGUUGCUUCCUGUUGUCUGCCAGAGGAUAGGAGUAGGAUAGUUAGUGAUGAUUGGUGUUGCCCGGCCCGCAAUAUCAAUCAACACUGGGGUGCUGAUCGCCGCGCGAGUUGGUAGGCGGCCUAUUUAGGGAUUAGGUUGCAGGAGGUCAAUCCUUCCCUUGCGCAGGGAAGUAAUCAAUGCGCCUGGCAGUUUCAUAAGAUAAUGCAUAAAGGAUGCUGGAGUUGAUGUCCAGAUUAUACAUAUCUCAUUGUGGAUAGUGCUUGAUGUUUAGGUUUGAUUGAUAAACACCACAUACAAGU